UUGACAUGUAUAUCACACCAACUGACUGGUUCUUCUGAUGUUCACACAGGAGACCAUGUUGAGACAUUCUCUACAUCCAGAGAGCAUCAGCAGGAAGAUCAGAGAGCAAAGAGGUUUCAUCACUGCCCACAUUGUGAAGACAUUUUCCCAUUUCAAUCAAAGCUAAGAAUACACCUAAAAAUACACACAGGAGAGAAGCCUUACUCCUGCUCUGACUGUGGUAAACGUUUUAAAACAUCAACUCAGCUAAAAGUUCACCAGAAGACACACACAGGAGAGAAGCCUUACGUCUGCUCUGACUGUGGAAAAUGUUUUAAAACAUCAAAUAAGUUUAAAGUUCAUCAGAAGACACACACAGGUGAGAAGCCUUUCUUCUGCCCUGACUGUGGAACUAGUUUCUCUCAUCUUUCCCACUUAAAAUAUCAUGAACGUAUACAUACAGGAGAGAAGCCAUACUCCUGCUCUGACUGUGGAAAAUGUUUUAAAACAUCAAAUGAGCUAAAAGUUCACCAGAGAACACACACAGGAGAGAAGCCUUUCUUCUGCCCUGACUGUGGAACUAGUUUCUCUCAUCUUUCUAACUUAAAAUCACAUGAACGUAUACAUACAGGAGAGAAGCCUUACGUCUGCUCUGACUGUGGCGCAAGUUUCUCUCGUCUGGACACCUUAAAAACACACCAACGUAUACACACAGGAGAGAAGCCUUACUCUUGCUCUGACUGUGGAAAAUGCUUCACAACGUUAACUGAUCUAAAAGUUCAUCAGAGAACACACACAGGAGAGAAGCCUUAUUCCUGCUCUGACUGUGGAAAAAAAUUUAAAACAUCAACUCAGUUAAAAGUUCAUCAGAGAACACACACAGGCGAGGAGUCAUACGUCUGCUCUGACUGUGGAAAAUGUUUUAAAACAUCAAAAGAGCUAAAAGUUCAUCAGAGAACACACACAGGAGAGAAGCCUUAUUCCUGCUCUGACUGUGGAAAAUGUUUUAAAACAUCAAAUAAGCUUAAAGUUCAUCAGAGAACACACACAGGAGAGAAGCCUUACGUCUGCUCUGACUGUGGAACUAGUUUCUCGCAACUUUCCAACUUAAAAUCACAUGAACGUAUACAUACAGGAGAGAAGCCAUACUCCUGCUCUGACUGUGGAAAAUGCUUCAAAACAUCUACUAAGAUAAAAGUUCAUCAGAGAACAUGUGCAGGAGAAAAGUCUUACUCCUGUUCUGACUGUGGGGUGAGUUUCUCUCGACUGAAUACCUUAAAAGCACACCAACAUAUACACACAGGAGAGAAGCCAUACUCCUGCUCUGUGGAAGGGUGGGCGUGUAACUCAAACUUCUAGCCAAAGGCUGCUGUGUUUAGAAUCUCAUCAAGGUUAACUGUAGCAUUUUAGCUAAUUAGCAACUUUACAACUACUUACUACUUUUUAGCUAUUACUUAGCAUGUUAGCUUAGCAUGCAACUACUUAGUAUGUUAGCUAACCUUUCCCCUAAAACCAUUUAACCCCUCACCCCUAACCUAGCUAACAUUAGCAACAACAAAUUGGAAUUCGUAACAUAUCAUACAUAUUACUAGUUCGUAACAUAUUGUAUGAAUAACAAUGCGUAAAAUAACAUAACAAUUGUAAUUCUUAACAUACGAUACGUCCUACAAGUCGUAUUAUACUGAACAACAAUCUAAACGCAACACUUUCAAAUAUUUAUAUUUCGUAUAAGAAAAUCAGUCAUUUUAAAUAAACGAGUCCAUAAUCUAUGGAUUUCACAUGACUGGGCAGGGGCUCAUCCAUGGGUGGGACUUUGGAGGGCAUCGGCCCACUUGGGAGCCAGGCCCAGCCAAUCAGCAUGAGUUUUUUUCCCCUCAAAAGGUCUUUAUUGCAGACAAACAUACUACUCAGCCCCCUCCCAGACAAUCCUGCAGGUGAAGAGGUCCUGGGCUGCCGUGGUUACAUGUGAUCUGCAGUUGUGAGGCCGGAUGGAUGUACUGCCAAAUUUUCUAAAAGGACGUUAGAGGAGACUUAUGGUAGAGAUAUAAAUAUUGAAAUCUCUCCUGCAGUCAUCAUGACAAUUGCACAUUCCCUGAACUUGAGAUAUCUGACAUUGUGUUGUGUGGUCUUUUAUUGUCCCCCAACACAAGGUGCAGUUGUGUAAUGAUAAUGCUGUUUUAUCAGCAUCUUGAUAUGCCACACCUGUCAGGUGGAUGGAUUAUCUUGACAAAGGCUGAAAUGCUCACUUACAGGGAUAGUAACAAAGUUGGGUACAACAUUUGAGAGAGAUAAGCCUUUUCUGCACAUGGAACAUUGCUGGAAUGUUUUAUUUCAGCUCAUGAAACCAACACUUUACAUGUUUACUUUAUAUUUCAGUUCAGGUUACAUUGGUAGGCCAAUGUCAUGUAACCUAACAUACUAAAUGGAAUGACACAGAUGUUUUUGUAAUACAUAAUACGUUUUGCUCUGAGACCAGGUUGUCCCUCUGCAGUAUUUUGUGAGAAUGAGCUAGUAGACACUAAUUUUAAAAAUAA